AUCUACAAAAUGUGUUCUCUAUCUACAUUGAUUUAUAUUUAUUUACACCAUUUAGCGCAUUGAUUUAUAUUUUUCUUGCUGAUCUUAGUACUAGUCCAUGUUCCCAGGGUUCUGAGCAAGAAUGAUGAGUAUUACGUCAACUGCGGCAUUCAAGUCAGGUGCGCUAAUAUGGAAAUCAGCUACCCUUUCUGGGGAGGGAAGCGCCCUAAUUACUGUGGGCACCCAGGCUAUGAGCUGAAAUGUAAUGGUGAUGCCCCAGAGCUAACAAUGAUGGAUGUGAGUUACCGAGUCCUGGACAUCAAUACCUCAUCCCAAAACGUGACCGUUGCUAGGGCUGAUUACUGGAACGAUUAUUGUCCUGACAAAUACAUCAAUACCACUCUGGAUGCUGCCCUCUUUAAUUAUACUUCCACCUUCCCCAACCUCACGCUCUACUACGACUGUCCCUCAGGUGUCCGACGGUAUCCCAACUCCUUCACUUGCAGUGACACUAACACCAAUAUCAGUGUCUUCUACACAGCAACUGGGAGUGAUGCAAUAACGGUGACUUGCAUGGACAAUGUCACGGUUCCAAUCUUCCAGUCAGCGGCCGACGACAUAGAGAACGGUCUAGCAGGUUCAAUAAAUCUAGCAAUUGCAAUGAGUCUUCUCGGAGAAGCUCUCGCUGGUGGUUUUGGGUUGGAAUUGGUCGCCAUUAAUAAUAGUUUGUGCGAAGGAUGCGUCGGAUCCGGUGGGCAGUGCGGCUACAACGCCACUUCCAAUGAAUUUGCUUGCUUUUGCCCGGAUAUGCUUUAUCCCUCCACUUGUCCAAACAAUACGAACACGGGAUUGUGUGAGGCCUGUGUUGCAUCCGGUGGGCGCUGCGACUACAACUGGACUUCCAACGAAUUCACAUGCAAUUGCUCUGGUAUUCCUUAUGCCGUCACUUGUCCAAACAAUACAAACACAUCAUUGUGCAAGGAAUGUGUUGCAUCCGGUGGGCAGUGCGGCUACAACGGGACUUCCAACGAAUUCGCAUGCAAUUGCUCUGAUAUUCCUUAUGCCAUCACUUGUCCGAACAAUACAAACACAUCAUUGUGUAAGGCAUGCUUUUGUCGGGGUAUGCUUCAUCCAUCCACCUGUCCAAAAGAUGCAGCCAAGGUGUCCAUGUACACACAUCUUUAUGCGCCGAGAACGAGCAAUACCUCAACUGCAGCACACCGGUUCAAUGCGCCAAUAUGGAGAUAA